AUGGUUCUCCAGAAACUUCAGGAACACAAGCUGUAUGCAAAAUUGGAGAAAUGCGAAUUUGAGGUGGGAGAGGUGUCUUUCUUAGGUUACAUAAUUUUGCCUAGAGGAUUUUCUAUGGACCCAAAGAAAGUGCAGGUGAUUCUUGAAUGGUCCCAUCCUUCCAACAUCAAGGCAAUCCAGCAUUUUCUUGAAUUUUCUAACUAUUAUAGACAUUUCAUUCUCUCUUUCUAUACUAUUGUCGCCCCCACUGUGGAGCUUACUAAGAAGGGAGUAGAUGUUCAGCAUUGGUCACAACAGGCAGUGUUGGCCUUCGAAAGGCUCAAGAAAGCAUUUACGUCUGCACUGGUUUUUCAUCACCCAAACCCGAGUUUGCCUUUCCUGGUGGAAGUGGAUGCUUCAGAUGUUGGAGCAGGUGCAGUACUUUCACAGAGAGAUCCAGAGGACUGGAUGUCCAGCCUUGUGCCUUCCUCUCCCAAAAAUUCUCCUCAACCGAAAGGAAUUAUGAUGUUGGGAAUCGGGAGCUCUGGGUGA